UUUAUCAAGCUUUGCUUGACAAAAUUUGGACCCUCUGGAAGAAAGUUACUGGCCGAUUUUAUGGGAGAAUGGCUGAAAAGGAAUGUCCACUUCAGUUUCACGAUUUUCGACCAGUGGAUCAUGGUAAAAUAUGUCCACGCUACUGGGCAGUGACUCAAAGAACAGAAGACGAGGGCAUUGGUGUGGAAGAACUAGACACCCUGCAGUUAGAAUUAGAAACACUUCUUGCUGCAUCGUCAAAAAGAAUGAGACAACUAGAAGCAGAAACACAAGUGCUCAUAGACUGGCAAGAAAAAAAAGAUAAAAAGGGAGGUGGCAAAAUGCACAAAUCAGAAUCUGUAUCAACGGGAAAACGUGGUAGACCACCAGAUGACAAACACGAUAAACGACCUUCCAAAAAAUUUAAAGAAACCAGUGGAAAGCUUGGCUCUAGCACAGCACAUUCUGGUCCAGGAAGACCUAAAUCCAAGAAGAAUAUACAGCAAAAGAUGCAGGAAUAUGAAUUCACAGAUGACCCCCUGGAUGUGCCUAGAAUACCUAAAAAUGAUGCACCAAACAGAUUCUGGGCCUCAGUGGAACCCUACUGUGCUGAUAUUACAUCGGAAGAUCUGAAAGCUAUAGAAGAACUCAUCAAAAAUAAUGAAGAUGAUUCUGAAUACUUUAAAAUACCUCCAUUAGGAAAACACUAUACCAUAAGAUGGGCACAAGAGGACUUAAUUGAAGAACAAAAAGAAGGUCAUCGUGUCAAUGAUAAAAAGAGAGGAUCAGCUCUUGGAAACAGUACUUCACCAAAUACUAAUGAUGCAAAGCAUUUAAUAAAGAAGGCAGAUAUCAGGUAUGCUUCCUCCAUAGUACCAUACUCUACCGCGUUAGCGCCCAUGCCCAGGUACACUGAAAGUGAAACAGUUUUCACGGCGGGGAGUCUUAACGACUGUAAAUUCAGUAUUCGAUCCCUUGGGAAUCCUGGCACCAGUUACGUUGGAGGGCAAACUUAUUCUCAGAGAACUCCUGAAGGACGAGACAAACACUAUGCUCCAGAAAGAGAGCUAUCCGAUGCUGAUAAAUACAAAUUUGAACUACGAGAAGAUGAUCCUGAAGUACGCAAGCAACCCGGAGCGUUCUCAAUUUUGGUUAGCCAGUCAAAACUAAUAAGGCAAAACGAACAGGAUCCUUUGGGCUCAGAGAGAUUUAGUAGGUUUUCCAAAUGGAGUUCACUCAGGAGAGCCGUAGCGAGUCUUAUAAACUUAGCAAUAGCUAACAAGAGAGACAGAGAUGGACUCAUUCGUGUUGGUGGCAGAAUUGGCCAAGCAAACUUCGAUUUCGGUGAACGACAUCCCAUACUGUCACCCAAGGACAGUCAUGUAUCCAGACUCAUAGUAGAGCAUGUUCAUCAACAAGUACAGCACCAAGGACGUCAGUUUACAAUAGUGUCGUCAGAUCCAAAGGGUAUCGGGUGCCUGGUAUACACAACAUGGUAA